AUGAUAAACGAUCUCAAAGUUGACGUCCCAAUGUGGAAGUACGUAGAUGAUACUACCAUCUCUCAAACCAUACCCCGGGGCUCCCUAGGGCUCGUGUACCUUGUUGAUUUCUACUGUACAACAAUCAGAUCUGUUCUAGAAUAUUGCGCUCCCCUCUUCCAUCACGCACUUCCCGCUUACCUCAGUGAGGAUAUAGAGAGAAUACAGAAAAGAGUUCUUUCCAUAAUUCUCCCAGAUAUGUCAUAUCAGGACUGCUUGGACAGACUAGGCCUGCCAACGCUAAAAGAGAGACGCAAUGAUCUAUGUAAACGACUCUUUGAUUCAAUCGCCAACAACUCGGGGCAUAAACUACACAACUUACUGCCUCCAAGAAAUGAACAAAGUUACUGCCUGCGACAUCAGAGAACAUAUAGUCUACCACGCUCGCGCACAGACCGCUUUAGACAGUCCUUUGUGUAUGCAAUGUCCAAAGAUGCCUAG